CCAUAUAUAUUAGUACAGAGGUUAUAAGAAGUUGCAACGUCAUUUAUGUCAAUAAAGACAUUUUAUUAUGUAAGUGUUCAUCGUCGUCGCUAUAAUAAAAGCAUUUCUCUCUCAGAGCAACUUCCAGUUUGAAGAGCUCUGCCUGUGCAGCUUCUUGCAUACAAUCAUGGUUAAAGCAAAGACGUGGAUCCUUAAGAAAUACUUUGAGGGCUUCCCUAAGGAAAGUAACUUUGAACUGAGAGAAGAGGUUCUGCCAGAGCUUCAAGAUGGAGACGUGCUUGUGGAGGCAGUCUAUUUAAGUGUUGAUCCAUAUAUGAGAUCUCUGAGUAAAAUGUGGAUAAAAGAGGGGGAUGUUCAAUAUGGAACUCAGCUGGCAAAGGUAGUGAAGAGCAAGGACCCAGCAUUUCCUGAGGGAUGUUAUGUGAUUGCUAAUUGUGGAUGGAGGACACACACUGUCACCAAAGCAAAGGGUCCAGCCGGGCCCAUCUUGACCCACAUAGUAUCCGAAUGGCCCAGUGAUAUUUCAAUGUCCCUGGCCCUUGGUUCCUUGGGGAUGCCUGGUUUAACUGCUCUGUAUGGUCUGGAAGAGGUGUGUAAGAUACAGCCCGGCGAGACGAUUGUGGUGAGCGCAGCAGCAGGUGCUGUAGGUGCGAUGGUGGGGCAAAUCUGCAAGAUCAAAGGCUGCAAGGUUGUGGGUUCAGCAGGAGGUGAUGACAAGGUGGCAUACCUGAAAGAGCUGGGAUUUGACCAGGUCUUCAACUACAAGACUGUCCCUUCACUGGAGGAAGCUCUAAAGAAUGCUUCACCUGAAGGAUAUGACUGCUACUUUGAGAAUGUGGGAGGGCCCUUCUUUACCGCAGCGCUCAAAAACAUGAAGCCAGGAGGUCGUAUCGCUGUCUGCGGUGCGAUAGCCACUUACAAUGACUCAACACCACAGAUGUGUCCUUAUCCUCAUCAUGAAAUAAUUACAAGACAGCUUAAGAUGGAAGGCUUCAUGGUGAAUUCGUGGCAACACAAAAAUGAAGAAUCUGUCAAGAGAAUGCUUAGAUGGAUGAAAGAGGGCAAACUAAAGGCGAAGGAAGUUGUCACUGUCGGCUUUGAGAAUAUGCCAGCAGCCUUCAUAAGAAUGCUAAAGGGCGAUGGACAUGGGAAGGCUAUUGUUAAAGUCUGAAGCAUGCUUAAAGAUCCAUCUGUUGUCGUUUUACAUAAAAUACACUGUAAGGCUGGUGAUACACUGUUUAACUUUUUGAGCAGGUAAUGUACCUUUUGGGUAAUGUUGGCGUCAACAGGCAACCACCGAACCCACGACUCAUCUAAAAUAUCCAAAUCUAAAUUUGUUAUUUAUUCUCAAUGGAAAAGUGGCCAAGCAAUGUCACUCAAAAACGUUGCAUGGCAAAAUUGCUCAAAAAGUUGCCCCAUGUAUAAUCAGCCUAUACAAUUGGUUAACUUGAAUAUGUGUAAACAUAAAAAAAUUUUUAAGUAAAAAUUAUGUUUCACAAAAUGUUUUUUACUGUAAUAUGUUUACAAAUAAAACCACAUAAAGCCUCAUA